AUGACUGAUAAUAUAAAAUGUGUUAAUUGUCGAUCGAUGGCUAAUUUAAUGAUACAUCGACAACAUUCACAUGGUUUAUGUGAUGGUUUCCCGACGAUUUUAUUUUAUGCUCGUGAAAUGCAAAAAUUAGCUCAAGAAGUUCAACCAUAUAGUAGAGAACAUCGUAUCGAAUUAGGUGAUAUUGAAUGGAAAGUAUUUCCUGAUAAUUGGCCAAAUAUUUUUAUUCGUAAUUCUGAACAAAUUCGUAAUAGUCAUGUUCUAUUCUUAGCUUCAUUUCAUAAUCCACAAACCAUUUUUGAACAAAUUUCACUUCUUUAUCAUUUACCAAAAUAUCUUUGUCGUUCAUUAAAAAUUCUUUUACCAUAUUUUCCCACGGGUACAAUGGAACGUAUACAAAUUCAAGGUGAAAUAGCUACAGCUUAUUCACUUGCACAAAUGCUUUCAUCAAUUCCACUAACACGUACUGGCCCAUGUGAAGUUGUUAUAUUUGAUAUUCAUUCAUUACAAAAUCAAUUUUAUUUUUCAUCAAACGUUAUUGUUCGUCUUGAAUCAACAGUUGGAUUAUUAUUAGAUGAAUUAAAUAAACGAGAAAAUAAAAAUGAAAAAUUUGCUAUUGCAUUUCCAGAUGAUGGAGCUCAUAAAAGAUUUGCUCAUAUGUUUGAAGAAAAUAAGUAUCCAAUUGUAAUUUGUAGUAAAAUUCGAGAAGAUGAUAAACGUAUUACAACUAUCAAGGAAGGUAAUCCAACAGGUUAUCAUUGUAUUAUUAUUGAUGAUUUAGUACAAUCAGGUGGUACACUUAUUGAAUGUGCACAAGCACUUUUAAAAACUGGUGCUGUGAAUAUAUCUGCUUUUGUUGGUCAUGGAAUAUUUCCAAAUGAAAGUUGGAAAAAAUUCAUUCAUUCAAAUAAUCCAAAAGUUCAUUUUGAUACAUUUUAUGUAACAAAUACUUAUCCAAAUGUACAAGUAUUAAUUGGUAAACCUCCAUUUAAAAUCGUUGGUUGUAUGCCGGGUAAAUUUCAUACCUGCGCGAUUAGCGACAUAUUUGUAUUAUCCGACGAAGCAACAAUUCUAUCGAUUGUUAACAUUAAUAAUGCUGGUCCAUGGAGCUUAUCUACACCGUACUUGGAAUUGAUGAACCGAAAUGGAUCAACCGUACAAUUUAGUACAUCAAUUAUUGGUGAUACGAGUGGCAAUGCUGUCGUUCUGAUGUGUUCAUCAUUUACUUUUCCUGGUGGUGAUACAGUCUUUUUUCGACUGAAAAUUGAUCCUUUAGCAUCAAAUAUCACUCCUAUUGGCAGUCCAUUGAUAUUCCAUUCUGAAAGUUCAUUCGCAAGAUUUUCAUCCCAACCAGUAACAAUCAAUAACGAUGUGUAUUUUCUCUUAAAUUCCUAUCCUUCAGGUUCCAACAAUUAUUCUGUUGGCCGUUUAAAUUUGGUUGAUUUCACAUUCGAAACAUGGCCAAUAGUGCAUUCAUCAAAUUCGGCAAUAUUUCUAGAUCCGCAUACGGGUACCUUUUCCAACGUUGCUCAUAUCGACAAAUUACUUUUUUCUGUUCCGUGUUCAUCUCAAGAUCUAUCAAGUUCUAUACCUGAGAUGCUAUGUACAUACAAAUAUUCGAGUGAAAAAAAAUUCAUUCUUAUCGGGAUGAAUCCAAUUCCGAAUGCAAGAAGUAAUCGAAAUCUGUAUUUGUACUCUCCAGAAGAACAACAAUGGGGUUUGACCAUUACAAGUGAUCCGGUUACUUGGUCAGUUUUGAUUAUGAACACACAAUUUACAUCACCAACUAAUUCUUCUCGUGAUUUGAUUUACGGAGCCAUAUUAAACGAUACAGAUGUUAUUUUAACAUACUCCAUAUCGGCUAGCAUUUCACAAAAAACAAAAAUUGAUCGUGUACUCAAUGAAACACCUUCAUCUUGUUCAUCAUCAUCUUCUUCAUCAUCAUCUUCUUCAUCAGUUAGUACUGCUAACUCAACUUCAUCAACUAACACCAAUAGUAUUAUCUCAAAUGUUCCUGCACCUAAUCCAAUUCGUAUACGAAUUAAAACAGGUAACAAUGGUGAAGUUAGGGUGGUUGGAAAUUCUACUGAAAUAACACAUGAAGCUCGUCGUUUCGCUGAAACAAGAUUUGCUUUUCCUCCUUUCAUCGUGAAAUUCAACCAAGAUGUUGAUGAAAAACGUAUUAUUAAAUUUAUUUCUUCUCAUUACUUCGCCAAUUUUGAUUUUAAUUUGAAAUUGGCUGGGCAUCGACUUAAAGGUAAACGAGAUUUGUUAUUAUUUCCUAAUGAUCGUGAUACAUUUUUGAUCUUAUUCAACGAACAUAAUUGGCCUGCAACAAUUGAAUCACUUACAUAUGAAAAAAUUUUACCUAAUCAUUUACCUGCUCAAUUUUCUAUAUUACUUCGAAGUGUACCAACUCAUCUUGAUGUUUCUGCAUUAUUAGCUUCUAUACAAAACGACUAUCCUGAUGUUAUUAAUGCAUUUCGAAUUAGUAACAAGAAUAAACUUCCUACUACUUUGGUUAGACUUGAUAUUAAAAAUAUAAAUGUUAUAAAUGAUUUGCUCAACAAAAAAUUCUUAUAUGUUGAUAAUAUUCGUUUUGCAAUUACUGAAUAG